AUGUCUUCUUCUGUAGAAGCUCGCACCAACCCUGCACUCAUCCAAAAGGGAGACCCAUCCCGUGCGCCACUCUUUCUUUUACAUGACUCUGGUGGAACAGUGUCCUAUUGUUACAGGCUACGAAAUAUCGGCCGCACUAUCUACGCGAUUCACAACCCAUCGUUUUAUUCGCAAACAAAAUGGAAGGGGGGAAUUUUGGGCUUGGUGGAAGAACAUAUCAAGCUUAUUAAGUCUGUGGUUCCAUCGGGAGAGAUUUUGGUUGGAGGUUGGUCGCUUGGUGGCCAGUUGGGUAUCGACAUUGGACGUGUGCUAGCUCGUAAUCGACGCUCGAAAUUGAGUGUGAAGGGCAUAGUAUUGAUAGAUACAAUAUACCCAUACUGGGGUCCUCCGGAGGCCGUCCAUGCGGACGUCUCGAUCGAUCUCGUGCUCAACAAUGUUCCAUCUGAUCUGAAGGAGAGCAUGCUCCGCUGCAUGGAUUGGUCCAAGGAAGACUGCGACGAAUGGGUUCUCAGAAACUGGAAAGGCGACAUUGACCAACUCGGCGAUGUCGAGAGUGAAGAGCCUGCUCCUGCCGUCUUGAUUCACGCGAAUAAGCUGAUCGUCGAAGAAACCUCAGAGGGUGUGAGGUGCAUGGUUGAUCAGUACAAGGACCAGAAGAAUGGAUGGAAUUUCUUCCCUCAUCAAUUUAUUGCCGCUAUAUGGGACACUCCGGUACAUCACUUUGGGUUAUUCGAUGAGACAUCUGUCCAAGAGACUACCGACAUGAUAAAGCGGGCAUGCGAUCUUCUCGCUGAAGAUUGA